AUGAACCCGUUAUUCGGCCCCAAUCUCUUCCUCCUACAGCAGGAGCAGCAGGGCCUGGCCGGGCCGCUCGGGGCACCCUCGCUGGGGGGCGGCGACUACCUGGGCGGGGGUGCGGAGCUGCCUGCGGGUCCUGCGGCGGCGGCGGCGGCCCCCCCGGGCAUACCCCCGUGGGAGCCGCUAGCGCUGGCCGGCCCGGGCCCGGCGCCCUCGCCGCCGCCCGCCGCCAUGGCCCUCCGCAACGACCUGGGCUCCAACAUCAAUGUGCUGAAGACGCUCAACCUGCGCUUCCGCUGCUUCCUGGCCAAGGUGCAUGAGCUGGAGCGGCGCAACCGGCUGCUGGAAAAGCAGCUGCAGCAGGCUCUGGAAGACGGGCAGCAGGGCCGGCGGGGCCCGGUGCGCCGCGACCAGGCCGUGCAGACCGGCUUCAUCAGCCCCAUCCGACCCCCGGGGCUGCCCCUCGGGGCCUGGCCCGCCGCGCGAGGCCUCGGCUCCCCGGCUCGCUCGCCCGCGGGCCCCCUGGCGCCCACCGCGUCAGGCGUCUCGUCGUCGCCCGCCGGCGCGCUCGCCCCGGCAUCUGUCUCGUCCCACUCCACGGCUACAUCCGCCCCCUAUUCCUCGUCGGCCCGCUUCAUGCCCGGCACCAUCUGGUCCUUCUCGCACGCCCGUAGGCUCGGGCCGGGACUGGAGCCUACCCUGGUGCAGGGGCCUGGCCUGUCGUGGGUGCACCCCGACGGCGUGGGGGUGCAGAUCGACACCAUCACCCCCGAGAUCCGGGCCCUCUAUAACGUGCUGGCCAAGGUGAAGCGGGAGCGGGACGAGUACAAGCGGAGGUGGGAAGAGGAGUAUACAGUUCGGGUCCAGCUGCAAGAGCGUGUGAAUGAGCUUCAGGAGGAAGCCCAAGAAGCUGAUGCCUGCCAGGAAGAACUGGCAAUGAAAGUGGAGCAACUCAAAGCUGAGUUGGUGGUCUUCAAGGGACUCAUGAGUAAUAACCUGACUGAACUGGACACAAAGAUCCAGGAGAAAGCCAUGAAGGUGGAUAUGGACAUCUGCCGCCGCAUAGACAUUACUGCCAAACUGUGUGAUGUGGCCCAGCAGCGCAACUGUGAAGACAUGAUCAAGAUGUUCCAGAAGAAGCUGUCUCUGCACUUGUCUCCCAUUAAGGUCCCAUCCAUGGGGGGGCGGAAGCGGGAUCGAAAACCUGUCAUCGAGGAGGACACCUCCCUGUCUGAGAGUGAUGGGCCCCACCAACCUGAUGGGGAUGAGGAUGAGAGCACAGCCCUCAGCAUCAAUGAGGAGAUGCAGCGUAUGCUCAACCAGCUGCGGGAAUAUGAUUUUGAAGAUGACUGUGACAGCCUGACUUGGGAGGAGACCGAGGAGACACUGCUGCUCUGGGAGGAUUUCUCAGGCUAUGCCAUGGCAGCUGCGGAGGCCCAGGGAGAGCAGCAGGAGGACAGUCUGGAGAAAGUGAUUAAGGACACAGAAUCUCUGUUCAAAACCCGGGAGAAGGAAUACCAGGAGACCAUCGACCAGAUAGAGCUGGAACUGGCCACAGCCAAGAAUGACAUGAAUCGACACCUGCAUGAGUACAUGGAAAUGUGCAGUAUGAAGCGGGGUCUUGAUGUGCAGAUGGAAACCUGCCGUCGGCUCAUCACCCAGUCUGGAGAUCGAAAGUCUCCUGCUUUCUCUGCGGUCCAACCUAAUGAACCACCACCAAGUGAGACGGACGACUCAGAUCGUGAUCUCUCCUCUGAUAGCUCCAUGAGAUAGGGGGUUUGCCUCCAUCCUAGGUUCUCCUUGACACACCUUCCCCACCAGGAAAAUGCCAUGCACCGGAGAUGGGGGAAAGCAGAUGUCACUUGUACCUUGAGUCUGGGGGAAAGAUGAUUCCUUAGCCCUUCCUCCUGGGGGAGGGGGUGACCUGUUACAGAAUAAGAAUACUUGUACCAUUGCACCAAACAAACCCAGUCCUAGGGUGCUGGGGAGCGCUGCUCCCUUAUUUCUUCCUCAUUGCCCCCAAUUUUCUGUGGUGGGUUCUGGGCUCACAUCAGACUCUCAACAAAGAGUGGGGCAUUCCUGAGUCUUCAGUAACAGUGCCCACGGCUGCCUCAUAUUGAGAAGUAUUAACCAGAUGUAGAUAGUGUGGUCCCUUACAUCCUCCAUCAUUCUGUGAAACAGAUUUCACACUGCUGCUGCCUAGUCAGAUGACUGUCUCUUGACCCCAUACUGGUGCUAACUGGCCCAUGUACUGGUAUAAACUGGACCAAGCCAGAAGUCUCAGGGCCAGUAAAAUAUGCUUAGUAUGGAGGAAAGUAGGGCUAAAGAUUGGGGGCUCUGCCAUUCCCCAUGUCUGUUACAGGUUCUGUUGCUGGCUGCAGUGUGUACAAUGUGUGGGUGUGUUUUCUUCUCCCAUAGAGAUACCAUAUAUUAAAAGGGCCUUGCUACGCCA